UAUAUCUAAACUUUCAGUAAAAAGAAAUUACAGAAAUGGAUGUUAAUGUUAAUUCAUCAGGUCGUCGCUCAGUAACCUAUCAUCCAACUGUCUGGGGAGAUUAUUUUCUUGCCUAUGAUUCCAAACUCACGGAAAUUGAUCCUUCAGAAGAACGAGAAGUGCAACAACUGAAAGAAGAGGUAAGAAAAGUGCUUAUUGCAGCUCCUCCUGCAUCCCUGGAGAAACUAGAGCUAGUCGACAAGAUCCAACGUUUAGGAGUGGAUUACCAUUUCGAGAAUGAAAUACAGGCAUCAAUACAACACAUAUUUGACAACUACGAUAAUUGCAUCAAGGGAGACGACGAGAAUAACCUCUAUGUAGUUUCUCUUCGUUUUCGAUUACUCAGACAAGAAGGCCACCAUAUCUCAUGUGGUGUGUUUGAGAAAUUCUUGGACAAAGACGGGAAGUUUAAGGAUUCGUUGACCAAGGAUGUGGAAGGGAUGUUAAGCUUGUACGAGGCAUCAUAUCUUGGAGUGCAUGGGGAGACCACUUUAGAUGAAGCAUUAACGUUUACUGCAAGUCACCUCGAGUCGAUUUUGCCUGGUUUGAACGAGUUGGCGGCAGCUAAAGUGAGUCAUGCCCUAAAACUGCCCAUCCGGCGGACCUUACCAAGGGUGGGAGCCAAGGAAUACAUGCAAAUUUAUGAACAAGAUCAAACUCAUAACAAAGUGUUAUUGAGAUUUGCCAAGUUGGAUUUCAACUUGCUGCAAAAAGUACAUCAACGAGAGCUAAGUGGCAUCACAAGGUGGUGGAAAGAUUUGGGUGUCCCAAAAAUGUUACCCUUCGCAAGACAUAGAUUGGCAGAAUGCUAUUUUUGGAUAUUGGGAGUAUACUUUGAGCCGCAAUACCACUUUAGUAGAAGAAUAACAACCCAAAUCAUUUGUAUAUGGUCUGUUUUAGACGAUCUUUAUGAUGUUUAUGGGACCCAGGAUGAACUCCAGCUUUUCACAAAUGCUAUCCAAAGGUUUGACACAAGUGCCUCUAAUGAAGUACCACAAUACCUGAAGAAGAUAUAUCUUGCAAUUCUAGAUAUUACUACUGAAAUGGAAGAAGUGAUGGCAAAGGAAAACAAAUUGUUUCAUGUCUCUUAUACAAUUGGAGAGAUGAAAAAGCAAAUCAGAACAUACUAUCAAGAAUUCAUGUGGUUUUAUACCAAACAUGUUCCACCAUUUGAAGAGUACUUGAAAGUUUCACUGGUGUCAAGUUGUUACAUGAUGAUUGCAACGACUUGUUUGGUGGGCAUGGGGGAUAUUAUAACCAAGGAAGUUCUCGACUGGGUUACAAGUGAGCCUCUUGCAGUCAAAGCUACCUGCUCAAUUUGCAGAUUAAUGGAUGACAUGAUUGGACAUGAGUUUGAGCAGGAGAGGGGCCAUGUAGCUUCCGCAGUAGAGUGUUACAUGAAAGGGUACAAUGUGUCAAAGCAAGAGGCUUAUGUUGAGAUUGAAAAAUUGAUUUCAAAAGCAUGGAAAGAUAUAAAUCAAGAAUGCCUUCAUCCAUUACCAGUUCCAAUGAAAGUUCUCUUACGAGUUUUGAAUUUGGCACGUGCAAUAUUCCUUAUCUACAAGGAUAAUGAUAUUUACACGUUUUCUCAAGUCAAGUUCAAGUCUCUCAUCACCACCACUUUGGUUCAGCCUGUGACAAUAUAAAUAGGGAUGAUGACACAUUCCUAUAAUUAUAUAAAAAUAUUAUUAUAAUAAUUAUCAAUAAGUACUGAAUCUGCAUUCAUGGAGAAGUAUAUUGAUGUGUUGAUUGGAUGACAAUAUAUCGUGAUCACCUCACUCAUAGCUUGUCUCCACUGUUCAAUACUCCUCCAAGAGGCGGCAUUAUGACCAUAUUGUUUGCAAAUGUUGUUGGUGUUGUUCAAUCUUGCUUCGUGUGUAGUAUGUAUUUGUUAUUUGUUUGGUUGCUUUUCUAAAUUUUGAUGUAUAAAAGAAUAGUGAUGCUUGUUAUUGUCUCUUUAUUCAAAUUAAGUUGUAAAGAAA